AUGCCCGACAAGACGACCAUCCUCGGCAAGCCCAACAGCGCCGACAUCCUCCCAGACGGCACGUCCACCAAUGUCACCACCAAGGGCUCGAUCGUGGCCUCCAACGAUCCGUCCGCUCGGCCCGAUGCGAGCCUAGCCCAGAAGCUCAAGGGUGACGUCCAGGGCGCAGUGCACACGACCGUGGGCUCGGUGCAGGCCGGCGCCGGCGCCGUCACCCGGAACGAGAAGCUGGAGCAGCAAGGGUUCGAGAAGAUGCGCGAGGAGGACCAGCGAAUUGGAACUAAGCAUGGCGUCAUGCCCGUUGGUACUGGCUUAAGGGAGAAGGCUACUGGCGUCCCCGAGACGCAGGGAGCGGCGAGACCAGCAGAGUAG